AGAGAGCAGAGCAGAGCAGCACAGCACAGCACAGUGUGCAGAGGCGACUGGAACCUGCCUGCCUGCAGGGAAGGGGAAGGGGAGGGCAGGCGACGAGAGGGGAGCAAACCAGUGAGCGGAUCGAAGAGAGAGAGACGAGUGUGUGUGUGUGUGCGCGUGAGUGAGAGUGACAGGGGUGGUGGUGUCAAGCUCUUCCGUCUUGUUCCAGCGCAUUCUGUAGAGAUCACGAAGUGCAGCGGCUAGUUUCGUUUCGGCCCCCUGAUCUGUAACUUCUGAGGAUUUUUUGUGGAGAAGAGGAAAUUUUGGACCGAUUUCUUGGGUAAUGAGAAGGAGGGCGAAGACGAAGACGGGCAAGGGGACGAGGAGGAGGAGGAGGAGGACGAGCACAGCAGGAGGAGUAGCUUAGAGUAGAGUUGAGGUUUGGAAGCGCAUGUAGGAAGACAGACAGGGCAAGGACGGACUGGAGGCUGCGUUGCUGGCUUGUUCCAUAGAUAAAAACUCCUCGGAGGUCGAAGUUUCAGGUCUUUGUCGUGGGUCGCAAGUUCCGGACGGACGCGCGAACUGACAGACAGCAGAGGAUUGCGCCAGCUCUCUUUGGCUUUUUAGAUGCUAAUCAACUGGCCUUCGGUUUGGUACACUUUAGUCCCGCACAUGCCUGACAAGCGGGCAUUAGCGCAGCGAAUCGGUUCUUGAAAGUACAUGUGUGCCUUAGGCAGGCGGUCGGGUUGGUGAGGAAGCAGGAUAUGCGUCCCAGAAGUCUGUGGACGGGUAGUACACUGCAUUGUGCUGAGGAGACCCGCGGCAGUUUCGGUAGAUAGGUGCUGCAUUUUCUUUUGGUUGCCCAGGCCCAGGAGAGUUUUUCCCUGCUCCCUAUUCAAAAGCACGAGUACUAGCGCAAUCGCAGGUGCCAGGUGUUUUCCCUUCGACUUCGACCAGGGUCGAGCACAAUGAGGAUCUGGUCCGGAUUGCGUAGACCCGUGUGAUCAAGUGCAUCGAGAAGCGGCUAUGUCUUCGACCUUGAGAUUGGUGAAGCUUCUCGUUUAUGGAGCGAUAUUAUGUGUACUGCUUAUAAAUGUCCAUCCAGACAACUGCCAACACUUCCCAGGUGCAGAAACUAUACAUAGGCGAUUUCUUCAAGGUGUACAGCAUGUCUACUUCGCAAGAUCUGCGGGGAAGUUCAUCACUACAGCCCAACCACUCUCUGCCGCGGUUAGACCAGCCGCCAUAACAAUAGAUUCUCCUGUUUCAGUACUAGCUACAACUUCGGCUCCUGCUCCUUCUCCGGAUGUGAGAUCGCCUCAAGUUCCAUCCAGUAGUGCUCCAGGGUCUCGGCCUCCACCUCCAGGUGGUUGCUGUACAGCUCGUAUGAUUCCUAGGCCAUGGGACAAUGGUGAGAACUGCUCUUGUGUAUAUCCAAUUGAGAUCGGCCUUCUACUUGACAACGCGUCGAUAUCUGUUGCACAGUGGAGUGCGAAGUUCCAACAUGAACUUGGCUCACAACUCAACUUGACUGAUGCACAAGUUGUGAUUAGGGGGGUGCAGUUUGAGAAUGGUGAAAACGAGCUAAACUUGACGGUUGAUAUUGUCCCUUUAACUGGCGACAGGUUCUCUUCCGAAGAGGCCAGUUACAUUGAGGCAGCCCUAAAAAAUCAUGAAGUGGUCCUCAACAGCCAAUUAUUUGGCAAUUAUACACUUGAAAGUUUUGUUGUCUUUGGGCCUUCACCUCCCGGUCCUCCAUCGCCUCCUUCUACUCCAUAUUCACCUGCAGGAGGUCCUCCUCUAGGUGACUCUCAAGGGCCGGGCUCAUCAGGAGGCGCAAACGAUUCGAGUUUACCACUUAUAGUCGGCGUUGCUGCUGGUGGUAUUGUAUUACUUGUCGUUCUGGCGGGGUUGAUCUGGAAGUUCCUGUCUAUGGGGAGAGCAGAUAAGAUGGGUGGAGCUGUGACUAGCAAAAUAAGCACGAUGACCAGGUCGAGUUUGUCUGAAGUAGCAUCGACUGACGUGCACCCUUCCAGCACCAGGGUGUUCACAUACGAAGAGUUGCGGGAAGCUACCAACAACUUUGACUCCCUUACUCUUCUGGGAGAGGGCGGUUUUGGUCGUGUUUACCGGGGAGUCUUGAAGGAUGGUACAGAGGUUGCGAUAAAAAAACUUACAAGUGGUGGCCAUCAAGGUGACCGUGAGUUUUUGGUUGAGGUCGAAAUGCUCAGUCGACUUCAUCAUCGCCACCUUGUGAAGCUUGUAGGUUACUUCAGUAGCCGUGAUACUCUGACGCAGUUGUUGUGCUACGAACUUGUUCCAAAUGGCAGCCUCGAAUCCUGGCUUCACGGUGAGUACCCUUCAAAAGGACAUCUCGGUGACCAGCGCCCUUUAGAUUGGGACAAGCGGAUGAAAAUAGCAAUUGGUUCUGCUCGAGGCCUUGCUUAUUUGCACGAAGACUCUCAACCUUGUGUGAUUCACAGAGACUUUAAGGCCUCAAAUAUCUUACUUGAACACAACUUUACUGCAAAGGUCGCUGAUUUCGGACUGGCGAAACAGGCGCCCGAAGGGGCGAGCAAUUAUGUCUCCACUCGGGUGAUGGGAACUUUUGGGUAUGUCGCUCCAGAGUACGCAAUGACAGGUCACCUGCUGGUUAAGAGUGAUGUGUACAGCUAUGGAGUGGUCUUGCUUGAGCUGCUGUCUGGUAGAAAACCUGUAGAUAUGACGCAGCCUUCUGGACAGGAGAAUCUUGUUACAUGGGCACGCCCUCUCUUGAAGGACAAGGAUAGGCUUCCUGAACUCGCCGAUCCAAGGUUAUACGGGCGGUACCCGAGGGAGGAUUUUGCACAGGUUGCUGCCAUUGCUGCUGCUUGUGUAGCUCCGGAGGCCAGCCAACGGCCGACUAUGGGUGAAGUUGUACAAUCGCUAAAAUUAGUACAACGUUCAACAAACGAGAUGGAGAAAGAAGUGGGUCUUGUUGAUACUCCCACAUCAGCAAGUAUAUCCAACAGGUCCUUUACCGUUAGUUGGCAAAACACCCGGCCUACGUCGACGACUUUCGAGUCUGAUGGGUCAUCAUCAAUUUUUUCCUCCGGUCCUAUUUCUGGCCUAGUUGGACUGGAUGGUGACAAUCUGUCAAGAACCACAGUCAUCUCUGAAGAUUUGCAAGAAGGCAGGUAGUGGUGUUUAUAGCUGUCCAUGGGUCAAGUUCAUCCAGCAAAUGCAGGCAGCGUUUCACAGGCUUGACAGAUCGCUCUGAAGGCAAGUGCAGACAACUGUAUCUCAUGGUGGCCGUGCAAGGAGGGUAAGGCAGUCAUUUUCUCAGGGAACUCAUCACAAGGAAGGCCUCUCAAAAGCUAUGUUGUUACGACAACAAAACCAGGUGUGAUGGGCAUUCCCAUAUGCGAAUGACUUUUGAGGUGGUGAUCAUAAUACAGCCUUGUCUGCCAGAUUAAACUCAUUUGUUUUAUGCCUCAGAACUACUCUGAGCAUCAGUACGGCCUCUUGUCCUUUUGAUUGAGUGCUCAUUAGGUCUCUAACAUUCUUGGACUUCCUUUUGGAGGAGGCCGUCCAAGGAAAUCUGCCGCAUGUAGAGCAUUUUUCUCCUUGGUCUGAGCCUUGAUCGUACUGGGCUUAUCUGUCAGUCUUUUUGUCAUCGAAAGACAACCAUGAACUAUCCUUCUCAAGAUAACUUGUAGGAUGUGCAGGGCUGGCUCAACAGAAGUGGUUAACUUCAUGCUAGUCUCUUUUGUCUUGUAUCUGCCUCCAAAUUUUGAUUCCCUAGAAGUGGUCAGCCCAACUGGCGGCUGACCAGUAUGAGCGUUCCGCAAUUGGGAUUCUCUGUCGACAUUUCGACUUCUGUAGCGAAAACUUAGCCCAUAGCAUAGGAUUCUCUCCUUUCAGAAGCAAAUGCAGUUAAAUUUGAAGAUAGUCAGAAAAGCUUUGAUUGAAUGAAGGUGGACAAUUGGUUACUCAAAAGUGGCUAAUUUGACGACUGGCAAUGAAUCGCUCUGUCAGGUCUGAUGAUUAAUCUAUGCCUUGCAUAGUCUUGAGUAAUAUUCCGUAGCUUUGCUUAGGUAUCAAAGACAAUGGACAGUGUUUAGAGAUCCUCUUAGGAGGACAGCUUUCACAGAUUUGUUUUUGCAUAGUGCCACUCCUCCUUCAUUCUCGCUGAAGGUUCAUUGAAAUAUAUCAAUAUUUUACAUAAAGUAUAUGAAGUCCUGUAGCUACGAC